AUUUGUUCCUUUUUUUCUCUUUUGUUCAUAUAAAUCUAUAAUAGCAAUCAUGUAUUCGGGUCAAGAAUUCAUUGAUAACCAAGAACAUAUGUUCAUAAGCAACAGUCCAAGCAAUAUACAAAGAAACAGUUUCAGUCAAUCUGCUUAUCAUCCUAUUCACAAUAGGAGUAGUAGUAAUAGUAACUUUGGGCCAAUAGCAAUUCAUAAUAGCACGUUUAAUACGGAUCCAUCAACUGCUUGGUUUAGUACAAGCUUAGACUCAAACACAUCCUCCUUUGGUGGAAGGGAUUUGGUGAUUACUCCCUCAAAUUCUACUGGUCAUAUCAUUGAUAGUUAUUCAAAUGUAAACGAAGACGAUGAUCUAAACCAGAAAAACCAUCAAGAAAUCUUUGAAAAGAGAAGAAGGCGCAGAGAAUCGCAUAAUGCAGUAGAAAGAAGAAGACGAGAUAACAUUAAUGAAAGAAUUCAUGAAUUAUCUACCUUACUUCCAGACCAUCUACUGGACUCUGUGCCAGCAAGUGCCAACGUAAUGACAGUGACUACUGGACAGUCUGGCACCAAUGGAAAGCCCAUCAAUAAGGGAACUAUACUCAAACUGUCAGUAGAUCACAUUAAAGAAUUAAAAGAAGAGGUGAUAAACUGUCAGAAUAAGAUUAAAGAACUUGAGCAGCUUGUUGAACUGGCCAAACAAGAGAAUAAUGCCAGCCAUCUACUUCACUCUCAGUAUCUCAAUCCUCGACCAAGACAAGAGCGCAUGAGUUCAAUACAGUUUCAGCAGCAAUUUGGUAAACUUCAUAUUACUACUACGCCUACCAGCAUGACUGAAUAGUUCAUGGCUCCUUUUUUAUUUUUAUCUUUUAUUUAUUUUAUGAUAUCCUUUUGUUUCACAAACCUAUCAAUUU